AUGGUGAAUACUCGAUCAGAAACCAACCGAGUUCCUCGGGAUGACCGAAAUGCCCGAGACGAAGGAAACUCCAACGAUCCCCAAUUCGCUCUCCUGAAUGAAAGAAUGGAGCAGAUGGCCAAGAGCAUCGAGGAUUUGGCCACCAUGAAUGCUGUCCUUCAAACCCGGGUUCCAGAACUUCACCGAACUAUCACUGACCCAGGAAAUCGAGAGGAAGGCAGCCGAGUCGAAGGAACGGAGGAGCCGAACAAAGAAGAAGAAGUCCCGGGAAAUCCUCCACCUGUUCAACCCGAAGCAGCAAGGGCGGUAGAAGGCAUGAUUGCUCGGUUGGAACAAAGAUGCAAUGUUCUAACCGCAGCUAUUCAACGGAACGAUAAGGGAAAAGCUUCCUUGGUGGAAAACCUUCUACAGAAGACCACCUCCCCAUUCACCGAGGAGGUGGCAAAUAUCUGCCUUCCUGAGAAAUUCAAAGUACCAGAGAUCCCGUUUUAUACGGGACUUGAAGAUCCUGUGGAGCACCUAGAUAAUUUCAGAGCUCACAUAGAUCUCCAUCGAACACCCGAGAUGGUGGCCUGCCGAGCCUUCCCCUUGACCCUCUCAGGCAAUGCCCGUGACUGGUUCAGGAGCCUCCCGCCAAAUUCCAUUCAUCAUUUCGAGGACCUCGGCAGGAUGUUCCUGACGCAAUUCAUGGCCGGCAGGGUCAGAAGAAAACCGUCAGGAUCCUUAAUGUCAAUGCACCAAGGACCCGAGGAAUCCCUCAGAGAUUUCUUUAUGAGGUUCAACCAGGCUAGACUUGAAGCUGAAGCAGCAACGGAUGAUUUCAUCUACGGAGCUCUCUUUCAGGGAAUCCGAAAAGAUGGAGCACUAAUGGCUGACAUAGCCAGGAAGCCCCCUCAGAAUUUAGAUGGCUUUAUGAGUAAAGCCGAGAAGUACAUUAACCAGGAGGAGACACUCCGAGCUCUGUUGGGACCCGAGGCUACUCGCCCAUCCACUUCCGGGAACCCAAAAAAGAAAAAUCCUCGGAAAGAAGAACGGAAGCGGGUUCCAGAAGAAGAGGCCAGGCCGAAGCGGGAUCAAGAGUCCCUAAGGGGUAACAACUGGACACCCCUCAAUGCACCCAUUAUGGAUGUUCUCCUGGAAAUAAAGCGAGACCCGACGUACCGGAAGCCCAGACCGGUGCUCGCAAAUCCGCAUUCACGAUACGCUGACCAGUACUGUGCGUUUCAUGACACCACCGGGCAUCGUACAGAAGCCUGCAUAUCCUUGAGGCUUCUGAUUGAACGUUUCAUAGAAAACGGAAAACUUGUCCGUUUCCUCGCAGAUCAGAGAAUUCAGCAAAACCCAGAGCACAGCAACCGCCACCAUCAGAAUCGGCAACAUCCGGAUCAAAACAAUUCCCGGGAUGAUCGGGGAAGAAACCAAGAAAGAGCAAGGGAACAAGAACGCAGACCAGAUCCUCGGGCUGCACGAGAAAGAAGUAGGAGCCGAGCCAGACCAGAACGGCAGGAAAACCUCCUGGAAAUACAGACAAUUUCGGGGGGUUUCGGUGGAGGUGGAGAAUCUAGCUCGGCGCGGAAGGCAUAUGCAAGACAGUUACGGGAUUUCGAGGUAUACUCGGUGCAGAAACCUCCAAAGUCCCAAAAACGAGACGCACAAGUGAUCGGGUUCUCGGACGAUGAUUACGCAGGGGUAUCACUCCCGCAUACCGACGCUCUGGUGCUGAGUCUGGCCAUAGCCAACCACAAAAUACACCGCGUCUUGGUUGACACAGGAAGCUCGGCUGACAUCCUUUACAAGUCAGCCUUCGAGCGGAUGAAGAUCGAUAGAAGUAAGGUGAUCCCGGCAAGAUAUUCGCUUGUGGGAUUUACAGGAGAGAAAGUACUCCCACUUGGGUCCAUUGAGCUUCCGGUCACAGCAGGAAUGUACCCAAGGCAGAGGACGGUAAUGGUCCGGUUCUUAAUAAUCGACCGACCGUCGGCCUACAAUGUUAUCCUCGGGAGAACAGCUCUCAACGAAUUUAGGGCUGUAACCUCAACUCCUCACUUGAGCAUGAAAUUCCCCACCGAAGAAGGCAUCGGUGUCGAAAAAGGAGACCAGAGGAUGGCCCGAGAAUGUUACAAUACAAGUUUGAAGAAGCUCCCGGAAGCCGCGAGAUUCGGAGAGAAGGAAAAAGAAUUCGAGCUCGGUGACUCGAAGAAGAAAGUCCGAAUCGGCGCGCAGCUUCCCCCUGAAAUGAAGGAAGCUCUGGUUGCAUUCCUUAGAAGAAACAAAGAUGUAUUCGCAUGGAGCCACGAGGACAUGCCAGGAAUACCCCCAUCCGUAAUAGCCCACAAGCUAAUGGUGGAUCCAAGCUAUCGACCGGUUAAACAACGAAGAAGGACUUUCGCACCGGAACGGAACCAAGCCAUUGCCGAGGAAGUACACAAACUGUUGCGGGCUGGGUUUAUCCGAGAAGUAGACUACCCAGAAUGGUUGGCCAACGUGGUUUUAGUCAAAAAAGCCACCGGGAAGUGGAGAAUGUGUGUUGACUUCACCGAUCUCAACAAAGCAUGUCCCAAGGAUAGCUUCCCGUUACCUCGGAUCGAUCUGCUUGUAGACUCUACAUCCGGUCAUGAACUUUUAACAUUCAUGGACGCCUUCUCAGGGUACAACCAAAUUCACAUGGAUGAAGCCGACCAAGAAAAAACGUCAUUCAUUACCGACAGAGGUCUCUACUGUUACAAAAUGAUGCCGUUCGGUCUAAAGAACGCCGGGGCUACAUACCAGAGGCUCGUCAAUAAAAUGUUCCAAGAUCAAAUCGGACGAAACGUGGAAGUCUAUGUUGACGACAUGCUUGUCAAGAGCAUACGAGCCGCCGGCCAUAUAGCCGACCUGGGGGAAACUUUCGAAACACUAAGGAGUCAUAAGAUGAAGCUCAACCCGGCCAAAUGUGCUUUCGGCGUUUCCUCAGGAAAAUUCUUGGGAUUCAUGGUUUCACAGAGAGGAAUCGAGGCAAAUCCCGAGAAGGUGAGUGCUGUCCUCAGCAUGCAACCUCCUCGGACCACCAAGCAAUUACAACAGCUGACUGGGAGAAUAGCAGCCCUCAACCGGUUCAUCUCCCGAUCCACCGACAAGUGUCUCCCAUUCUUCAAGAUUUUGAGAAAGGCCUUCGUGUGGAGCAGUGAGUGCGAGGAAGCCUUCAAGAAGUUAAAAGAAUAUCUGACCAACCCGCCGCUGUUGAGCAGCCCCGAGGAAGGAGAAAUCCUGUAUCUUUAUCUCGCAGUAUCACCCUCGGCGGUCAGUUCAGCUUUGGUCCGAGAAGACUCAGGCAUUCAGAAACCAGUUUAUUUCACUAGUAAAGCACUCCAUGGAGCCGAGGAGAGGUACCCUCGGAUUGAAAAAUUGGCCUUCGCCUUAAUAAUCUCGGCCCGGAGAUUAAGGCCAUAUUUUCAGGCGCACGCUAUACGAGUGUUAACCGAGCAUCCGCUGAAAAAGAUAUUACAAAAACCGGAUCUAUCCGGGAGGCUGGUAAAUUGGUCGGUAGAAUUGGGGCAGUUUGACAUAGAGUUCCACCCUCGUACUUCUGUCAAGGGUCAGGCGCUAGCCGAUUUCCUACUCGAAUUUAGCAAUACUCCCGAAAGCGAAGAGCUGCCCGAGAAGGAAACAUGGGUAGCAUACGUGGAUGGUUCUUCGGCCAACCAUAAGAGCGGAGUCGGUGUCACUUUAGCAAGCCCGGAUGGAGAAACUUUUCAAUAUGCGAUCAAACUGGAUUUUGUGACCACCAAUAAUGAAGCCGAGUAUGAAGCACUUUUGUCCGGGCUUUCAAUAGCUCGGGAGAUGGGAGCAAGGAAUGUAGAGAUCAGAAGCGACUCUCAGGUGGUAGUCAGCCAUGUGCAGGGAACGGCCGAGGCACAAGGUGAAAAGAUGAUCCAAUACCUCGAAAAGGUACGCAAAUGCCAAUCUAACUUUCACAGAACCGCCGUAACCAAAGUUCCUCGGGAGGAGAACGCCCGAGCCGAUGCCCUUUCUAAAAUGGGUUCUGGUACCGGGCCUGACGUCAAAACAUCGACACGGGGGGUGGUGACACAGACCAAGCCUUCAAUCUAUCCACAACUCGACAUGAUGGAAAUUGAAGAAGGAUCAGACGAACCAGAAUGGGCUACUGACGUCAUUCAGUACCUCCGCAACGGUUCCCUACCCGAGGAAAAGCUGCGAGCUCGGAAGGCAAAAAUACAUUCAGCCCGGUACGUGCUUAUCGGAGGUGUGCUCUAUCGAAGAGGAUAUACUGAGCCACUCUUGAAGUGUCUUAAAAGUUCCGAGGCGGAAUAUAUAUUAAAGGAGAUACACGAAGGAGUCUGCGGAAACCACUCUGGCUCUCGGAUGUUGGCUCACAAAGCGAUGAGAGCCGGAUACUACUGGCCAACAAUGAGCAAAGAUUCAGUCGAAAUCGUUCGGAAGUGCGACAAAUGUCAGAGGUUCGCCCGGGUGAUGAAGCAACCCCCUGAGAAGCUAAGUCCAAUCACUUCGCCGUGGCCAUUCGCAAAAUGGGGGGUCGACAUAGUCGGGCCUAUGCCUCCGGGAAAAGGUGGCCGGAAAUUUCUCCUUGUCGCGGUAGACUACUUCACCAAGUGGGCUGAAGCCGAGGCACUCGCCACUAUCACUACCGCCAACGCAGUAAAAUUUCUCUGGAAUUCAAUCAUAUGUCGAUUCGGUAUCCCACAUGCUUUUGUCACCGACAAUGGAAAACAGUUUGACUGUGGACCGUUUCGAAAAUGGUGCGCCGAACUCCGUAUCAGAAAUUAUUACUCAACACCGAUAUAUCCACCGGCGAACGGGCAAGUAGAAGCUACGAACAAGACUCUUCUCAGAACACUAAAGAAGAAGCUUGGCAAAAAGAAAGGAGCUUGGGCGGAAUAUGUACCCGAGGUGCUUUGGGCCUACCGCACCACGACACGCACUCCCACCGGGGCUACUCCUUUCUCCUUAACUUACGGUUCCGAGGCAAUUAUCCCUGCCGAAGUCGGAUCGCCCAGCUUCCGAGUAUCACACUACAACCCGGGGCUCAAUGACGAAGGAAUCAAGCUGAAUCUGGAUUUGCUACAAGAAAGAAGAGACGAAGCGCAGGUAACAUGGGCUGCGUACCAAGACCGAGCCGCCCGUUACUUCAACAAAAAAGUGAGCCCCCGAAAGUUCCAACUGGGAGAUUGGGUUUUGAGAAAAGUGAGCCCGAUUACAAAAGAUCCAAUCGAAGGAAAGCUCGGAGCAAAAUGGGAAGGUCCGUACAGAGUCAUACGAUGCCAUGACAAAGGGGCAUAUCAUCUGGUAGAUGCUACCGGCAAGGAAUUACCGAGAGCCUGGAACGCCGAGCAUUUAAAGAAGUAUUUUAUGUGAAUUGCUUGUAUUAUGUUGUUACCGGGCUGGCACCGUCAAUAUAUGUUUAUUCUCAGAUCAA